UACAUGCGGUUCUUUGUCUUGAACUCUUCCAUUCCUACUUACCAAAAAAUACAUACAAAUUUGUUAAGUGAAAGUUGGUAGCUAGUCGUUUGAUUUUAGGUGCCCAAGAUGAAGGCCGCAAGCCCACAUUUAGAUUCAAAUGAGAGAGACGUGCAGGAAAUGAACCCCGAAAGCACACCCAUGGGUUCAAUAGAGGAUAUAAAUCCUAUCAGGCAGCAGGAGUCGGUCACAAAACCCUCAACCAGUUCAUAUGUUCCUCAAUCAUCAUUCCAUCAGAAACUCCCAUGUGGAGAUCUACUUGGAAAUAGAGAGCAGUACAUCAGAAUUUGCGCUCCUCUCUAUAAUGCAGCAAGCAUUGGUGAUUGGGAAGCUGCCCAAGUCAUUUUUGGGAAACAUAAAGAUCUAAUUCUGGUGGAGUAUGCUAUCACUGAAAAUUAUGAUACUGCACUUCACAUUGCAGCAUCUGCAAAAAACAGCAAGUCGGUGGAUAAGUUUGUACAAAAUCUAGUGACUAUGAUGACAGAGAAACAGUUAGAACUUACCAAUAAAAAUGACAACACUGCGCUGUGCUUAGCAGCAGCAGCUGGAAAUGUCAAAAUUGUUAUGACUUUGUUGGACAAGAACCCGGCCCUGGUGGAUAUCCCUGGUAGUAAUGGAAUGAUGCCACUCUACAUGGCUUCUUUAUUUGGACGAAGUAAGAUGGUUAAUUAUCUGUAUGAUAAAUCUGGGCAGAUGUCUAGAUAUGGCUGGACAGAUCAGAAUCGCAGUUGGGUUCUCCAGAAAUGUGUGGAAGCAGAUCACUUUGAUGUUGCCAUAAAAAUAGUGACCUGCUGGCCACAACUUGCUAAAAGUGGGAUUGUACUCGGAGUUUUGGCUCGGAAGACGGAUGCAUUUAAAAGAACAAAACCUCAUUUUAUCCGGAGAAUCUUAUAUCCAAUUUUGGCACUCAUUCACGUGAAGAUUGGGUCUGCUGAAAAGCCAAGUGAUGGCAUGGUAUUACUAAGAAUCAUCUGGGCAGAGGUUAUGAAAUUAUCUGAUCGUGAAAUUAGUUCCAUCAUGAGAGGGCCAACUGACCUUCCAACGAAGAAGUAUUCUUCCCGCAUCCUAUUUGUUGCUGCCGAGAUGGGAAACAUUGAAUUUCUGAUUGAGCUCCUUCGCCAAUAUCCAGACUUGAUAUGGAAGGUGAAUGAUAAUGGCCUAACAAUAUUUCAUAUUGCUGUCAUACACCGUCAUGAGGAUAUCUACAAUCUUUUGCAUGAGAUUGGCUCAAUGAAGGAUAUGAUAACACCUCUGAAGGAUAAUGAAGGAAAUACUAUGUUGCAUUUAGUUGGCCAGUGUCCAAAGAAUAAUCACAAUCAAAAUGACUCUGGAGUCGGUCUACAAAUGCAACGUGAAUUGUUAUGGUUCAAGGAAGUAGAAGCUCUGCUCCCUCCUUCAUACAGAGAAAGGAAGAACAGAAAUGGUCAAACACCACAUGAAUUGUUCAUCAAGGAGCACAGAGAGCUACUCUUUGAAAAUGAAAAGUGGAUGAAAGACACGGCAAACCAGUGCUUAGUGGUUGGAGCUCUCAUAGCUUCCAUUGCUUUUGCAGCAGCUUUUGGAGUUCCGGGUGGAUACAAUCAGAACACUGGACAAGUUACUUUGGGUACCAAUCAUUAUCGCCCUUUGGAUUUCCAUACCAGUCAUCUUAUAUAUCAGGCUUCAGUAUAA